CGCACUGCGGUAAGGUUCAUCCCUGCGUACAUUUGACCAGUUGAGAAAUCAGUGCACUUUAACUUGAUCCAGUAGUGAAUUCAAUUUUGGUGUUUGACAAGUUUUAUUCAAAGUGAAAAUGAUCAAGAGUGUGGAACGGGCACAGAUGCUGAAGCAGCUGAGCAAACUGCUGCUGGCAUCCAGCGCUGGAAUGCAGGCCGUGCAGGUUCCGACGCGGUGCAGAGCCGCUGUGCAGAAGCGACUGUCGUCGUCGUUCGCAAAUCAAACUGUCAACAUGUCCUCCACGGUAACCGCCCCGAAGACCAAGGAGCUUCAGAAUGGCCCUGGCCCGGCAUCGCAGCAGGUAUUCGACCGAGAGGACAAGUUCGGAGCGCACAACUAUCACCCGAUUCCAGUGGCGCUGGAACGCGCCGAGGGAGUCUACGUAUGGGACGUCGAGGGCAAACGGUACUACGAUUUUCUCAGUGCAUACUCCGCGGUGAACCAGGGUCACUGCCAUCCGAAGAUCGUGAAAGCCCUCACCGAGCAGGCACAGGUGUUGGCACUGACCUCAAGAGCUUUCUACUCGAACGUCCUCGGAGAGUACGAAGAGUACAUCACCCAUCUGUUCGGGUACGACAAAGUCCUUCCGAUGAACACCGGUGUCGAAGGAGGGGAAACAGCAUGCAAACUUGCCCGCAAGUGGGCCUACACGGUCAAGAAGGUCCCCAAUAACAAGGCCAAGAUCAUCUUUGCCGAAGGAAACUUCUGGGGUCGUACUUUGGCAGCCAUUUCCUCGUCGAACGAUCCAUCCAGUUACGAAGGCUUUGGUCCAUUCAUGCCAGGAUUCGAACUUGUCCCCUACAAUGACACUGCUGCGCUGGAGAAGGCCCUGCAAGAUCCGAACGUUUGCGCUUUCAUGGUUGAACCAAUCCAGGGUGAGGCCGGCGUGGUUGUUCCGGAUGAAGGCUAUCUCAGAAAAGUUCGCGAACUUUGCACAAAGUACAACGUUCUCUUCAUCGCCGAUGAAGUGCAAACGGGACUUGCACGGACGGGUCGCAUGCUAGCCAUUGAUCACGAUGAAGUCAAACCGGACAUUCUGAUCCUGGGGAAGGCCCUCUCCGGUGGAAUGUACCCGGUGUCGGCAGUGUUGGCAAACGAUGAAGUGAUGCUCUGCAUCAAGCCCGGUGAGCACGGAUCGACCUAUGGUGGAAACCCUCUCGGUUGCAAAGUGGCUAUGGCUGCUCUGAAAGUAUUGGUUGAUGAAAAAUUGGCGGAAAAUGCCGAACGCAUGGGACGCAAGCUGCGGGAAUCGCUCUCGGAACUGCCAAAGGAUGUGGUUUCCGUGGUUCGGGGCAAGGGUCUGCUGAAUGCUAUUGUGAUCAAUUCCAAGUACGAUGCCUGGGAGGUUUGCCUGAGGCUGAAGGAGAACGGAUUGAUUGCUAAGCCAACGCAUGGUGACAUCAUUCGGUUUGCGCCUCCAUUGACGAUCAACGAGCAGCAAAUGGACGAGUGCUUGCGGAUUAUCAAGUCGACGAUACUGGAGUUUGCGAGGGUUAACUAAGGCAAAAUGUAGCUUUAUUAAGAUCAUCAUUUGCAUUCGGA